AUGAUUCAGAUUGUGCCACUAUCAGUGUUUUUCACCUAUAUAGUUUUGAUUGCAACACAGCUGAAGUGGGCAUGGAAUUAUCUUCUUUGUCAAUCCUUUUCCAUCCAACCUGCCCGAAUCAAGUUACCGGAAUAUGUUGAUGGCAUUAGCGUUACACACUACGAAAAUAGAACUGAGUCUGGAGAUUCAGUAGAAUGUGCUGUUUGUUUGUGCAAGAUCCAGGAAGAAGAUGAGAUCAGGGAACUGAGAUGUCAUCAUUUGUUUCACAGAGUUUGUUUGGAUAGGUGGCUGAGUUAUGGUCACAUGACAUGCCCUCUUUGCCGGAAUAAUCUAAAGCUGCCCCCAUUCAUGGACGAGUUCCCCCAAGAAAUGAUUCUUAUUAACUUCUGCGCCACCACAUCCAGGGAUGAUCGGUGUACUUGGUGGCUGCGAUGA